AUGUCGGACUGGGAGGAGGACUGCGAGGCGGCGGCCACCGCGCGGAUGGAGAGCCCGAACGACGCCGAGGACCCGCUCUCCGACUUUGAGCUGGACCUGGACUCGGACUCCAUCAACCUCGAGGACGAUCGCGAUUACUAUGAGUAUUAUAACCUGAAGGAGGACUUGCCCUUCAGCGGCUGGGGCACCUGCGAGGUUGGGAUCGACGUCGCUCGCCUGGAGUUGAAGCUGGACACCAAUCCCUAUGAUUAUGAUGUUCACCUGGAACUGAUAAAACUGCUGCGUGGGGAACAAUAUAUCUCCAGGCUCCAGUUAGCCCGCAAGCGCAUGAGUCAGCGUUUUCCUCUCACUGAAGGGCUGUGGCUAGAGUGGCUGAAGGAUGAGAUAUCAUACGCUAAAGACGACGCUAAGAAGGAGAAGGUUUAUGAACUUUUUGAGAUAGCUGUGAAAGACUACAUCUGUCCUGAAAUCUGGCUGGAGUACGCCCAGUUCUCCAUUGGGGGCAUGGGCCGGGAAGGAGGGAUAGAGAGGGUUCGCUCAAUCAUGGAACGGGCGCUCACUGCUGUCGGCCUCCAUGUGACCAAAGGAGCUGCUAUUUGGGAGGCCUAUCGGGAGUUUGAAAAUGCCUUGCUGGCGACCAUGAAGCUACCCCCGGACUGCGUCCCAACCCCUGAGCAGCAGCAGGCCACCAAAGCGCAACUCGAGAGGAUCCAUGCGCUCUAUCGUCGGGAGCUGGCAGUUCCCCUCAUAGAUAUGGAAUCGGCAUUUUUGGAAUACGAAAACUGGACCGAGGAGCCGAUCCCGGGGCCAGUGCUACAAAACUACAUCAAGGCUGUGCGGCAGUUGCAGAAGUACAAGCCCUACGAAGAGGCCCUGCUGAUAGCUGAAACCCCAAAGCUGGCCGAAUAUCAAGCUUACAUUGACUUUGAAGUGAAGAUUGGGGAUCCAGCUCGCAUUCAGCUGAUCUAUGAGCGUGCCUUGGUUGAGAACUGCCUGGUGUCAGAUCUCUGGGUUCCUUACGUUCAGUACUUGGACAGGAAGCUGAAGGUGAAGGAGGUGGUGCUUUCCGCUUGCAAGCGAGCGGUCAGGAAUUGCCCGUGGACUGUCAAGCUGUGGAGCCAGUAUCUGCUGGCCAUGGAGAGGCAUGAGGUUGAGCACCAGGAGAUCUCAGAAACCUUCGAAGAGGCUUUGAAAGCUGGCUUCAUUCAGGCCACAGAUUACUUGGAAAUUUGGCAGGCGUACCUGGAUUACCUUCGGAGAAGAGUAGACUUUGCCCGAGCCUCAAGUCAGGAGCUGGAAGAGCUUCGGUCAGCGUUUGCCCGUGCCAUCAAAUAUUUAAAGGAAGAUGUUGAACGGCAGUUCGCUGAGAAGGGAGACCCUUCCUGUAUUCUUUUGCAGGCCUGGGCCAGGAUCGAGGCUUGCUACUGCAACAACAUGGAAAAAGCACGAGAACUCUGGGACAUUAUCAUGGUCAGCGGGAACUCGAAAUAUGGCAACAUGUGGUUGGAGUAUUACAACCUGGAGCGGGCACAUGGGGAUCCCUUUUACUGCAGGAAAGCUUUGUACCGGGCCGUGCAGUGCACACAGGACUACCCAGAGCAUGUAUGUGAGGUGCUGCUCACGCUGGAGAGAAUUGAAGGCACUUUAGAAGACUGGGAUCUGGCGGUUCAGAAGACAGAAAAACGGCUGGCUCUACUUAACGAGCAGAGGGCAAAGGCGGCAGGAAAGGAGGCCGCCCUGGCCAAGCAGGAGGAAGAUAAAAAAGUGGAGCAGCGCAAGCAAACUCGGGGGAAGAAAAAAGCCGUCAAGCAGUCCAAGAAGCCCAAAGCCGGAGUCAAGCGGAAGGCAGACAACGAUGGCCAAUGGGAAGAGGAGGAAGCCGAACUAGCUAUCAAGAGGCCGAAGGGCGGCAGCGGGGAUGUGCCUGUGGAAGUGGAAGACAAAGCGAUGGCGCUCCUUGCAGAGACCUUGGACUUCCAGCCAGAGGAAGAAGGGGCAGCAGCAGCUUCCAAGUGGAAAGACACCCCCAAAAUGUUCCACGACAGCAAGAAGGAGGGCUUCACUGUCUUUGUCAGCAACCUCCCCUACAGCAUGGCCGAGCCAGAGGCAAAACUCCGAGACCUUUUUGCCAGCUGCGGGGAAGUGGCCGAAGUCCGCCCCAUCUUCAGCAACAGAGGGACAUUCCGCGGCUACUGUUACGUGGAGUUCAAGGACAAGAAGUCAGCUCUGCAGGCCUUCGGUCUGGACCGCAGAGUGGUGGAAGGCAGGCCGAUGUUUGUCUCUCCGUACGUGGACAAAAGCAAGAAUCCGGAUUUCAAGGUGUUCAAGUACAGCACCGCUCUUGAGAAGCACAAGCUGUUCAUCUCCGGCCUCCCCUUUUCGUGCACGAAAGCGGAGCUGGAAGAGGUCUGCAAAGCUCACGGGAACGUGAAGGAUAUCCGGCUGGUCACCAACCGAUCUGGCAAACCCAAGGGCUUGGCCUACGUGGAGUUUGAGACCGAAACACAGGCCUCCCAGGCGGUUCUGAAGAUGGAUGGGCUGACCAUUAUGGACCACAUCAUUAAAGUUGCCAUCAGCAACCCUCCGGCUCGGAGAAUUCCCGAGGGGCCGGAAGCUGUGGGGAAACCACCCCAAAGUCCGGAUGUUCAGCCGGCUCCGGGCGCCCGUCGCAAGGGAAGAACCCAACUGUCGAUGGUCCCUCGUGCCUUGCAGCGUCCCAGCAACCCAGCAGCCAAGGCGGCGAACGGCACACUGGAGAACCCGCCCGCGACGCCCUCCCCGUCGGUGGGAAAGCCCAAGAUGAUGUCCAACGCGGACUUUGCCAAGCUGCUGCAGAAAAAGUGAACUGCUGCCCUUGACCAGCAAAGCG